UCCUCCUUCCUCUGAUUUCGUCACUGAUUCUUUAAGAAAUUUCUUCUUUGAUUCUGUAUUCAUCUGGUCGGCUUUGCUUAUUUGUUUUCCUGAAUCCGAUCGAUGUGAGAGCUCGCGUUUGUUUUGGUGUAGUUGUAUUUGAAGACAAAUAGAGAGAGAUAGAGAAUGGGGAAGACACCAGUGCGCAUGAAGGUAGUGAUGUACUCACUGUCACCAUUGCAGCAGAAGGUGAUGCCAGGGCUGUGGAAGGAUUUCACAGGGAAGAUUCAUCAGAAGGUCUCAGAGAACUGGAUGAGCGCCGCCCUCCUUGUUACUCCUGUCGUUGGCACCUACAUGUAUGCCAUGAACUAUAAGGAGAACGAGAAGAUGGAACACCGAUACUGAGAUGGAUACCCAAAUGUCUUCAAUUUGGUCACCCACCUGAUCUGGGUACCUCUUUGGCAACGUCUUCAUGAAUUAUAAAGGAGUCUUUCUCAUUUUAUGUAGUUUCUAAAUCUGGAACUUUAAGUUCGAGUUAAAGAUGAGUUACGAACAAAGUUGUGGGUUGUUUUGGGUGAGAACUGACUUGAAAAUUUUAGGGAGGAGUAGCCCUAAACUGUUUUCAGCUUUUGCUGUUAUUAUGUGAUGGAACGUGGUACAGAAAAAUUUCAGCAGUUUAUGGUAGAGAGUGGAAAAUAAUAUUCUAUGGCAGGUGUUGACAGUUGACAUUGAAAA